GUACCUCCUGAUGUUUCUUAAUUCAGCUUUGCUCUCACAAGGAAAGGUUUUUCUUUUCCGAAGGAGUCAGGGUUGAUCGUUUCUCUUAGAUAACCAAUGGGGCAGGGUUCGAAGAAGAAGAAGAGGGGCAGCGGUGGCGCCGGGCGGAGGAGCAAAGGCAAGGCUUUGUCCAAAGAUCAGAAUUCACUCGCUGAAGAUAACGCUGAGUUGAUUGCAGAGCUUACCGCGUUGUCUGCAAUAUUUCAAGAGGACUUUAAAGUGGUUUCAGAGUCACCUCCUCAAAUUAAUAUCAAGCUCAGGCCUUACUCAAAAGAUGCGGGGAAUGAGGAUACUGAUGUUUCUGCUCUUCUUUCUGUAAGGUUUGGAUCUGGGUACCCUUAUAAAUGCCCAAAGCUGCAAAUAAUUCCAGAGAAAGGCUUAUCAAAAGUUGAUGCAGACAACCUUCUAUCGCUGCUUCAUGACCAGGCUAAUUCUUAUGCUCGAGAAGGUCGUGUAAUGAUUUAUAAUUUGGUGGAAGCUGCUCAAGAAUUCUUGUCAGAAUUAUUGCCCCAGGAGCAGCUGCAUGAAUCUGCAACAGAUGAGAGAGGGCAGUUGUUUCAAAAGGGUGCUGCCGUUUCCACCAGCAAACUCUACUCUUCUAGAGGUCCUUUUGUUUUUGGUUUCAUAGAUCUUUUUAGUGGCUUUGGGGAAUCAUGGCAUUGGAGCUUGAUAAUGGAAGGGAACAAUGAGCCAGAUUCAUUAGUGCAUUCCAAUCCAUUAGAUAGCUUAAAAAACCGAUUGGAUUCUCCAAGUUCAAAAGUUGACCAAAUUGUGGGGCCAAUCAUGGAUCCAGAUAUCAGACGAGAUUCAUUGCAUAAAUCUGCCAGAAAUUUAGGUACUCUUCAAGAAGAGAGUGAUGGUGUGAGUAGAAGUUCUGGUGAUUUGAGUAGGACUUCUUUAUCUGAUGAAUCAAUGGGAAAUGAAUCAAAUGAUGCAAUUGUGAAGAAUCUUUUUGUAGAAGGGAAUCUAUCUGAAAGUGAUGAUGGAAGUGAUUACUGUGAUCUGGAAAGUGAACCUUCAGAAUGUGGAUUCUCAGAAUCCAUUGUUCCUGAACAAUCAACUGGGGUUCUAGAAAAAGAUUUAAUAUUGGCUCAUUUGCUUCGGCUUGCUUGUGCUCCUAAAGGGGCACUUUCUGAUGCAAUGCCAGGAAUAAUAUCAGAGUUGUCCAACCUAGGGUUUGUUUCAGAGCAAGUGCGAGAUCUGGCUAACAAACCAUCUUCAGUUUUUAACAAGACUUUUAGUCGUGCAUUUCAGCAGAAUAUAGUUUCGUCAAAGAUUCCACAAUUUUGGAAAGCUUCCUCUGAUUUGGAUGUACAGAAUCCUCUGUCUAGUCCAAGUUCUCGUUAUUUAAAUGACUUUGAGGAGCUUCAACCCCUUGGGCAUGGAGGCUUUGGUCAUGUUGUGCUUUGCAAGAACAAACUGGAUGGGAGACAGUAUGCUGUCAAGAAAAUACGUUUGAAGGACAAGAACCCACCUUUAAAUGACCAUAUUUUGAGAGAAGUUGCGACACUUUCAAGGUUGCAGCACCAACAUGUUGUUCGCUAUUAUCAGGCAUGGUUUGAAACAGGGAUUUCUGGUUCUAGUGAUGCCAUGUGGGGCUCCAGGACUUUUCUGAGCUCUAGUUUCAGCUGCAAGGAUGCAAGCUCAUCAGACGCUUUUGGGAAUGAGAACAAGCUUGAGUCAACAUACCUGUACAUUCAAAUGGAAUAUUGCCCAAGGACGCUUAGGCAAAAAUUCGAGUCAUAUAGUCAUUUUGACAAGGAUAAUGCAUGGCAUUUAUUCCGACAAAUUGUGGAAGGAUUGGCACAUAUACAUGCACAAGGAAUCAUUCACCGUGAUCUGACUCCUAAUAACAUAUUUUUUGGUGCUCGCAAUGACAUUAAAAUUGGGGAUUUUGGUCUUGCUAAGUUCUUGAAACUAGAACAGCUGGAUCAAGAUUUGGAUGCUGCUGAAACAAUAGGAAUUUCUGUUGAUGGUACUGGCCAAGUUGGUACUUUUUUUUAUACUGCACCUGAGAUAGAGCAAGGGUGGCCAAAGAUAAAUGAGAAGGCUGAUAUGUACAGCUUAGGAGUUGUUUUCUUUGAGUUGUGGCAUCCAUUUAGUACAGCAAUGGAGAGACAUGUUAUUCUUUCUGACCUGAUACAAAAGGGAGAACUUCCUCCCACUUGGGUUGCUGAAUUUCCAGAACAGGAAUCCUUGCUGCGGCGCAUGAUGUCCUCGAGUCCAUCAGAUCGCCCAUCAGCCACCGAACUUCUCCAACAUGCCUUUCCACCUAGAAUGGAGUAUGAUUUGCUAGAUGAUAUGUUACGAACAAUUCAUACCUCAGAUGAUACAGUUAUAUAUGAUAAAAUUGUAAGUGCUGUUUUUAAUGAGGAGAUUCUGAAUACAAAGGAUCAUACUGAGAAUGGUGGAAGGUUAAAAAUAUCUGGAAAUGAUAUUUCAUCGAUCCUAUUUAGUGAUUUGGAGACGGAUAAUCGUGAUCAUGUUGUGGAAGUGGCUAAAGAAGUGUUCAGACGACAUUGUGCAAAGCAUUUGGAGAUCAUUCACAUGCGAAUGUUGGGUGAUUGCUUGCAGUCAAAUAGGAAUACUGUCAAGCUUUUGACCCGUGGGGGAGAUAUGAUUGAGCUUUGUCAUGAGUUACGGUUGCCCUUUGUUAAAUGGGUGAUUGCAAAUCAGAAAUCAUUUUUCAAGCGUUAUGAGAUUUCAUAUGUCUACCGACGGCCAAUUGGUCAUUCACCGCCAAAUCGCUAUCUUCAGGGUGAUUUUGACAUUGUUGGAGGAGCAACAGCGUUGACAGAGGCAGAGAUCAUCAAGGUUUCAAUGGACAUUAUUACUCACUUUUUUAGAUCAGAAUUAUGUGAUGUUCAUUUAAAUCAUGGGGAUUUAUUGGAGGCAAUUUGGACUUGGAUAGGCAUCAAGCCUGAGCAUAGAAAAAAAGUCGCUGAGCUUCUCUCUGUGCUGGGAUCUUUGCGUCCACAGUCCUCUGAAAGAAAGAGAAAAUGGGUUGAAACACGAAGGCAACUUCGACAGGAACUUAAUCUUGCAGAAACUGUACUAAACAGAUUACAAACUGUUGGGUUGAGAUUUUGUGUGGCUGCUGAUCAGGCCCUUCCACGACUAAGAGGUGCCCUUCCUGCUGAUAAGUCCACGCACAAAGCACUUGAUGAAAUGUCUGAGCUUUUUAACUAUUUAAGAGUUUGGAAGUUAGAGAAGCGUGUCUAUGUAGAUGCACUAAUGCCGCCAACUGAGAGUUAUCACAGGAAUUUGUUUUUCCAGAUAUAUUUACGGGCAAAUAAUAGCCCUAGCAUGGAGGGAACAUUACUUGCUAUUGGUGGGCGUUAUGACCAUCUGUUCCAUAACAUUGGAGACACAGAAUAUAAACCAAACACCCCUGGCGCGGUUGGCACUAGUCUUGCUCUAGAGACAAUUUUGCAACAUGUUUCUCUAGAUCUUCGACCUUGCAGAAAUGAUUUGGGGACUAAGGUUCUUGUUUGUUCAAGAGGAGGUGGUGGCUUAUUGGUAGAGAGGAUGGAACUAGUGGCUGAGCUGUGGGAGGAAAAUAUCAAGGCUGAAUUUGUACCACUGCGUGAUCCCAGCCUCACUGAACAAUAUGAAUAUGCUAAUGAGCAUGACAUCAAAUGCCUUGUCAUCAUCACUGACACUGGCGUUGCUCAACAGGGUUCCGUUAAGGUUCGACAUCUUGAGCUUAGGAAGGAAAAGGAAAUUGAGAAAGAGAACCUAGUCAGAUUUCUAUCUGAAGCAAUGGCAGCUCAGUUCAGAAACCCAUCCAUCUGGAACUAGGUUGUGCUAUAUCAGCAAAUUGAGUGAUGCAUACAUCAGCCAGCACAGUUUCAACUGUACUACGCCCUGUCUUCCUUGCUUACUCGUGCUAAGCUUCCUACUACAAAUUAUGAUGAACCUUGUAUUGAAUCCUUGGAAGAUGGCACAAGGAAUCUUGCCUUGCCAUAUUUGGGAUUGUGAAAAAAGGAGGCGUUUUGAUAGCUUUGAAACAAGGCAGAUGUUACCUAUACUCAAACUCUCACGGGGCUUGUUCGAGUACUCUAAAGAUGAUGUUGUUUGGAAGUCCUCUAAAACCUUAAACCUUUGUGCCGUAAUGAACUGGUUUUAGUUGAUCGAUGUAGUAUGUAAUGAUUAAUGACACAACAAUCAUUGGGAAAACAAAAUUUUGGGGUGGGUUGGUGGGUGGGGGGGACUUCAGCACAAGAUUGCAACCCUUUGGCUGCACCAAAAUAGGUCAUACAACAGUACUCUUGUAAAAUCAAACUAGUAGAAUAUGAUAAAUUAUAAAUUUAGAGGUUAUUGCUGGGGAAUGGGGGUGUGAAUAUAUAAAAUCUCAAGUUUAUUGUACAUUGAAAUUUUGGUACAAGAGAAUAUAUAAUUUAGCAUACAUUCAUUGCAUAAUUUGAAUUCAAA